AUGGGCGCCGUGUCGUUCGUGGAACAAGCAGUUGCCGUGCGUCAUGAUAUGCGUAGUCGGUCACCGGUCUCUGCGAUGUUCUCUGUAUUAAUGCACAAAAUCAGUCCAGGAGUCGGCAACGCAGACCACUCCCAGGUAAUAAAGGAGCGUCUGGUGGAAAUCGCAAAAGCCGAGAAUGGCAUAGAAGGUCGUAUAUGCGAACGCUUCGCUGAUCAGGAUGCCUGCAAUGCAUCUGUUAAGCAGUAUCUUUCUCGCUGCCGAGCGGGCAACUGUCUGAAGGUGGACCACGAAUUACACCCAUUUAAAGACAAAGAACCGACUAUCCACCUCCCUGAUACGUAUCAACUGGAGGCCGCAUUCCGCAUAUUCGCAUUGGUGGUUGCUGACUACCGUGCAGAGAACGGAAUUGAGCGCAUUAAGGUCAAGAAGAAAAUGAAGAGCAACUUGUAUCGCAUAUUCAUGAAGUCGCUGGUGCACGCCAACUCGUCGUACAAGAAACUGAGCGCAACGGACACCUUCCUGAGUCGAUACCUAUCCACGGCCACAUUGUAUUACAAGACUUACACGACGCUUGAGCCUCUGCGUACUGCGCUGCAGAACUUUACGUCAAUAGCCCGGUAUCUAUGCGGGAAGCGCAUUCGCAUCACUCUCGAGGAAAUCGUGAGGCACACCGCCAAUGGAUCGGUCAAGAAGACGUCCGCUAGUUACGUUGUGAUGAAGACGGUAGACUUCUCGGACUACAUAGAGCAGCAGACGGAUGGAUAUGAAUACUUUUCUCACCACUACGCCAACAUGGCGCUGGAUACACUUCUCAAGACGAUGUCUGACAUUGUCAUAGAAUCGCAAAAGCCUUGGUAUGUGCGUGCUAUGCGUUGGUCGAUGAAAAAUGUGGCCAUAAGGUUGGCUAAAAAUCCCUCGUCUGGCGGCCUUUUGACAGACAUGUGGCAUGAAUGGGAGUUGUUCAAAGUACGUACAAAGGCUCACCGCUUCGAGAACUUCGUUGGUCCAGUGGCAUAG